AUGCCUAGUAUCCUUAAGAAAGGAGAUCGACGUGUACUUCGAUAUUUUCAUAAGUAUGGAUUUACAAAUAUUACACUUACUCUACUUAUUAUGGAUGUAAAUAGCACUAGUGAUAUGGCAGUACAACUAGAACAGUAUUGUAUGGAUACUCUACUGCCAGAUCUUAAUGUCGAUCCAGUAGCUAGUAGUUCAGGUUAUCAUGAGCCAAUGUCACAAUACUGGCGUGAUUAUCUUCGUAAACUACGGGGAACUAAAGUAUUUAUCUAUGAUACUCAAACUGCACAACUUGUAUUUGUAAGCGAUAGUGUUCAGUAUAUUGCUGAUCAUGUUGGUAUUCAUCGAUCUACAAUUCUACGAUAUACUACUACGGCGGAACUAUACCUUAAUCGUUUCCUAAUUAGUUAUGAUCCCAUUACAGAAAUGGAGAAUACAGGAAGUAUGGAUCUAGAUCUCUUUCUAGAUCUUCUAACUAAUGUACGUAAUGAACAUAAUAAUGCUACAAUACAACCUGCUAGUAAAGCUAUUCUAGCAGAAAAUAUUCUAUACCCAGAACUAACUAAGAAAUAUGAUAGUCUAAACUCUCUCGCUAAAGAUAUUAAAGGAGAUCGAGCUACUAUUCGAAAAUAUGUUAGUAAUGAGUCAAAUCUUCUGUAUCGAAAGCAAUGGAAACUAAGUUAUAUUAAAUAA